GGAAACGGGAAUUAUUCCGGACUUUGUCGAUUUUAGUUCGGACGUAUGUACAUAACUUUACAUAAAACCAGGUACCUCUCUCAUUAUGUACAAUAGGAGGUAGUUAGAACUUAGGUCUAGGUACCUAUUGACGUCAUCGGUUAUACGAGGUACCUAAAGUUCAAAAAUGCCGGGGAGCAGCUGAGCAGCCAGCUACAACCGAUAAGUAUAGCACAUGUCCACGCGCAGCACAAAUACGCGUUUAGCAGUACGCGAUAUUCAAUCCUCGAGGUCAUCGGUACAUCAUGUACUAUUUAAUCAAGUAACGAUGAAAAAUCACAAAUAAAGCUAUUUCAGUCAAAUCUUUUUUAUGCUAGCUCAGCCUUGACUCCAUAACUGGGCAGGGGUUUCCAUUUAGUUAUUUAUCGUAUUCUACUACUUUGAAAGCCUAUUCCCUUAUUCUUGGACGCACACCAGGCCGAAUAUACUGCCCCCUUUGCACGCGCGUUCACUUAUGGCUUAUCCGUAGAAUAUUAUCAGACAAGAUGCCCCCAAAACAGGUAUCGAAGGCUAAGCCUACCGGAAGCUCGGGUAAUAAUCCGGCUUCAACGAAGAAGCCUAAACCCGGCCCGGAGACUUCUAAGAAUACAGCUCAGCCAAAGUCCAACAAGAGAAAAGAUCCUCCGCAGCAAGAUGCAGGGUCGAAGAGCCAGGGGAAGAGUUUGGACCAUAGGCCCCGGGACGCAAAACGUGCAAAAGUCUAUGAAGCCAGAAGUAUUGCUGCCCAGAAGUCGCAUGCCGCCUUGAAAGAUGGCGAGCUGAAUGUUCAGUCCUUCGUCGGCUCCCUGUCUUUCGAGAUAAACGCUUUAGACGAAAGCAUGAGGCGGACGAGGACGUCUCAGACCAGCCGGGCAUUUCAACGGGUGCCCUUCAGAAUGAGACGUAGGGCUGCAGCACAUAACUAUAAAAAGGUCCCGAGACGCUUACGAAAAAGAGCGAAAAGGGAAAUGAUAGAGGAUAACACCCCAACAGUUAACUCUAGAACUAGAAAGCCCAAGACCACCAGGGCGAGACUACGAGCGGAGAUCUCUCGGAAGCUGGGCCUUCUUUCGAAGCGGAAGAAGCUACGGAAACUGAAGAAAUCCGGUGCUGAUGACGAAACCAUCUCUAUAAGGGCUGCUAGGCCCAAGAUAAGGAGGAAUGUGCUUAACGAACCCGUUAUUGCCGCUAGAAAGUUUAGAAAGCGCCAGCUUUCGAAGACAUGGCUUCCUACUCACUUAUGGCAUGCGAAGCGAGCGAGGAUGACACCUCCUACUCAACCCUUGUGGCGCUUCGCGAUCCCCCUUACCCCCUCACAAAAAGUCUACAGGCCAACCCACCGCAUUCAAUGGGAAAGGGGUGCAAUGGCUUGGGAUAUGAGCUACAUGAGCACGAUUGGCCUAUCUGGACCUCAGAAUAGUGUCCAAAACGUGCUCAAGUCGCUAGGCCUUACCCAGGAAGCCUUGUGGAAUGACAAAGCAAGGCGCUGGAGGUCUGGUAAUCUGCACUGGUCCGGAAUAUUAAGUAGGAAAAGUGCAAACAGCAUGCAUGUCAUUGGCCCAGCUACUAUAGUCUGGAAUUCAGUGCAGCAAGUCGAAGACGACGAAGAACAACGUAAACAGUUUAGACAAGUCUUCAUACGUAUUCACCCUUCCGCAUUUUUAGAAACUUUCAAUGAGCUUCUAAGGCUGGCAAAGAUGCAGAAUCCCCGGCCUUAUAUAGAGGACCUGAGAUUUGAAAUCGGAAGCAUUGACAUCAUAGGCCCUGACUCCACUGAAGCUCUACUUGGAGUGCUUCGGCCAUAUUUCCAGAAGUCGGAUACGAAAGAAUCGCAUGCUUCAAAAUUCGAGUCGCUAGCUGGUUUGAAAGAUCCCGGCGCUCUGCCCCUUGGAUGUCUCCUAGCCUUUUCGAUCGCAGAUCCUCGCCUUCGUUACCCCCCGCGGCAAGUAAACAUUCCAAAUAGUAAUGAUCAGAACGCACAGUUGUCCCUUCUAGGAGCUAUAUCGGCACUUCGCAAAGAUGAUGCUACCAAGCCUCAUCAACUGUUCAGUAGGGAUAUGCGAUUCAAAGCAUCUCGGCUUCCAUCUCAGCGAUCUCUAAAUCGUCGACGAGGCAACGGCGCGCCAGGAACAGCUCUCGAACCAACUUUGGUUGAUCCUCCUAUCCCUAUCAUGCUACUUGCUUCCCGGCAUUCCAUGGGUUCGCAAUCGUCUGGCACCUGGACAGUGAUGUUACCGUACAAGUGUGUCCUUCCAGUAUGGUAUAGUCUAAUGCAUUACCCUUUAUCUACCGGCGGCAACCCGUGGUUUGGGGGUUUAGACGAGAUCAGACAUGUUACAUUCGAACGAGGCCUCCCUUGGUUCCCCGGUGACUUACCUGGUACCGAUGCAGGUAAAGCGUGGGAACUGGAAGAACGAAUUACGAGACACAAAGCAUGGGACCGAAUGCCCAAAGGAAAGAGAGUCAAUUGGGAAUCACUUGACCUAGGAGCAGGACGCAAGGGUGAAGUGGGAAUAGGAUGGAGUUGCGAUUACGAACUACUACUUGGUCUUAAGAAAAUUGACAACAAGGUGAAUGACCCUGACGAAAUGGUAAUAGACGGAAAAGAUGGAGCGGAAGAACCACAAUCAACUUCCCAAGGUGCGAAGCAAGUGACUCCUAUAAAUCCCUUAGAAAGCGUUACGCAACUUUCCAAGUCCACAUUUGCUACAUAUCAGACAGCGACAUCCGAGCUGCCUCCUCCAAAUUCAUUGGUAACGGCGAAUAUCAAGAUGCUGGCGCGUGGAGUAGCUACCACAUGUGCGAGGGUUUAUCGACUACCCGAUGUGAAACCCACCGCCGCCUCUCCGCAGGCCGAAGUACCAGCCACCGACCCUCCACAUGCGAAAGUCGAUGGUAAACUAUCGUCUAACAUACGCAACCAAUGGUUAGCACAAAGGCCGACCUUAAAUAAUAAGCCCAAGAAAGUCGCCACAAGGCCAAAUCUUGACUUAGAGACACGACAACAACUGCUUGCGCAGCAGCUCACCGCCCCCCCAGCGACAUUCCCGCCGCCUGCUCCCAACUCUGAGAGCAUCAAUGGACAUCCCUUAUGUCCUAAUGAAGAAGAUUUGAUUGGGUUCAUAACGACUGGAAGCUUCAACCUCAGGGACGGAAUCGGCGAUGCUAUAGGAAGCUUAUCGGCAACCAAAGCUCUAGAGGAAUUACGGCGAUAUAAGAAUGAAAAAGACCCCGCUGCUAGGCUCUGCGUUGUAAGAAACGCGGGUCAAAAUGUCGGCUGGCUUGCAAGGUGGGAGUUAAUAUGAAAUCAACAGAAGUGCCACCCAUAGCGAUACCCAAAUUCCACGGAGAAUUGUUUUACACGUCAGUUCUCGUUUUCAGUUAAAUGUGUUGUGAGACGGUCUAGUUCAGACUAGCAGUUUUGUACAACGUACAAUCGAAGCCGUCAUCACUAAUGACAGCUUUGUGAGGUAGCAUGACCUUGAACUCUCCUUCUAAUGAAUAUACCCCGUAACCGACAAUAUAACAACAGCCAGGGAGGGUGUACUCGAUAUUCUAUGUGGAUUUCUCGUUUACCUUCUACGGCAGGUCAAUCUUCACCCCUAGUCCCCUGCAUCAUAUGU